UGAAAGACCCUUGGUGAAAGUCUCGUUCAGGUGACAAAAUUGCCAGCAGUUCACUCUCUGUAUGGUCCAUGGCGCAGCCACAGCAAAUGUGUUUAUCGCAUGAUAAAAAAUGGAAACUAGGUCCGCCAUAAACGAAUGCCAGCUUGUGAUUGUUCCCCUAGAGGCCUAGAGUGUGAGAGCGCGUUAGUCCCAGUGUUUAAAGCACUGGCGUCCGAACACGGAGGCGCGCAUUCGAUACCCGUGUGGCGCAGCAGCUGUCUUUCGGCGAAUUCUGCCGUUGAAUGGGUUCCUAUCACCGGUGGGGAACCUUUUUUCCUGGAAACGAGAAAAGUACCUCACUCUCCCAAGACCGCAAGUGGACACGAUGUCCUCCAUCUUCUGCCGUCCAUCGUCGCCGUCGUCGUGGUGGCGCUGACGAUGACUGUUGCACCCACCUCGUGCGAGUACCAGCUGACGAUCCUGCACACCAACGACGUGCACGCGAGAUUUGACGAGACCAGCGUGUACAGCAGCAGCCCCUGCCCACCCAACGAAGUCGCAGCCAACAAUUGCUUCGGAGGGUUCGCUCGACUGGUGACAGCAUCGCGGGAGGUGAGACAGACCUACAACAACACCCUCUUCCUGGACGCGGGGGACCAGUUCCAGGGGACCAUAUGGUUCUACUACUUCGGCCAAGUCGUCACCCCCAUCUUCGUCAACCAUCUCCAGUACGACGCGCUGGCCAUUGGCAACCAUGAGUUUGACAGAGGGGUCAGCUACCUCGUUCCCUACCUACAGAAUGUCACCGCCACCGUCGUCAACGCCAACAUCGACGCCACCCUAGAGCCAGAGAUGAAGCCGCUGUUUGAGAAGUCGGUCAUCAAGACGGUUGGCGGUCAGAGGAUAGGAAUCAUCGGGUACACGACGCAGGAGACACCCGACUUGUCGAGUGCAGGACAGAACUUAAAGUUUGGAGACGUGGUGGAAGCUGUGAGGAAGGAGGCUGAAGCUCUCACCAGACAAGGCAUCAAUAAAAUUAUCGCACUGGGGCAUGCUGGGUAUAGUGUGGAUAAAGAGAUAGCUACCAUCCCUGGUGUGGACGUGGUGGUGGGUGGACACAGCCACACAUUCCUGUACAACGCCUCAAACUUGAAUGACAGGCCGUCCACCGAGGUAGCAUUGGGAGACUACCCAACAGUGGUUGAGAAGAAUGGCAGCAGAGCGUUGGUGGUGCAAGCCUACGCCUACAGCAAAUACCUGGGUAUUCUCCACGUCACCUUUGACGACAACGGCAAUGUCAUCGACUACAAUGGCAAGCCGAGACUGCUCGACGCUUCCGUACAAAACGAUAAUGCCACGCUAGAGAUGCUGAAGCCAUGGAGGGAAAAGGUUUCAGUAGAGUCGUCAUCUGUGAUUGGCAAAACACUUGUCAACCUGGAGGGCAGCUCUACAAUCUGCAGAAUACGAGAGUGUAACCUGGGCAACCUCAUCGCUGACGGCAUGAUUUACGGCAACCGCAAACUGUUAGAACAAGACCCGGAUAGGUGGUCUGAUGUGACCAUCGCCAUCACGAACGGAGGCGGGAUCAGAGACACCAUCGUAAGAGGUAACGUGACGAUCGCCAACAUUCUGAAUGUGAUGCCUUUCCAAAACACCAUCGACGCCAUCACCAUCAAGGGAAAGUACCUGCAAGCCGCCCUGGAGCACUCAGUGUCCAGGUACAAAACCUGUAAUCAGACAGGUGAUCUCUUCGGUGGAUUUCUGCAGGUAUCAGGUCUACAAGUGCGGUAUGACCUGAGCCAGCCCGUGGGUCAGCGGGUGGUCAGCGUGCAGGCCCUGUGCAACGACUGCCUGGUCCCCCGCUACUUUCCUCUGGAGGCAGAGAAGGUCUACAAAGUCAUCCUGCCGUCCUUCGUCCGCACAGGGGGCGAUGGCUACACCAUGUUUCGUGACAACGCCUUGAACACGGAACUGUACAAUCGGCUUGACAGUGAGGUUUUCCUAGACUACGUGAAGAAAACGUCCCCCAUUGCGCAAGGGAUUGAAGGACGUAUUCAGUACGUGGUGGGCCCCAAUGAUUGUCCCACUUCCGGUUAUACUUCCGGUGCGUCUUCAUUGGUUACAAUGGGGACACUGGUUUAUUUUACCGCUCUUUUGGUUUGCCUUUAUCACUGAAGUCGACUUUAAUGAUACCAUUUCUGGAAAACUACGCUAGCUGCAAUAUGUGAGUCAAAAGUGAGGGAAGAUAACUUUCUUUUUUGAUAGUGGACCCUUAGACAGUUUCCUUCCUUAUCUACCCAGAAACAGAAAAGUUUGCUCACACAUCCUACGAUGACAUUAGCUGACCUCUUCACCAGCACACGUAGUACCAAGACGAGACCUCCAGCCCCAAUAUCAUCGUAACAGAUAUUCAGGAAACUAUAGUCCAGAACUGAUGAGGUUUAUAAACGGUUAAAAAGUAAAUUAUAAUGGAAUUCUAGAUCAGUAUUAAAGAUAAAGCCAACCACAAAGCAAAUAAAAGUAGCAAAAUUCUUUUAUUGAGAACGCAGAUUGUCUGCGGUUAAGCUCAGAUGAUCUAAGACAAUCCUCGCUUGUAUUUUUAUUGUCGUGUUGUUGUUGUUGUUGUUGUUGUUAUUGUUGAUGGUGGUUGUGGCAGUCAAACCAAUUUUAUGCAAGUCAUUGAUGAUACAGAGAUAACGACUUUUUUAUGAAGCAUCGUUUGGAUGCCACUUUUUUUCACGAUGUUUGUGUGUAUGUGUGCGUGUAUGAAAUUUCAUUUUUUCAACACAAAAAUUAAAUCAUGAACCACAUAAAACUUCUAGCUUUAAACCUUUGAGAAAUGAAGCUGUGAUAAGGCAAGUGUAGACUGUAAGUGAUAAGCCUGUAUUGUUUGUUUGAAUGAAUGCAAAACAAAUUUCUUCAAGUAGAUGAUGCAGAUCUUUGAGAGAAAAUUAAUAUCCACGAGAGCUCAAACCUGUUUCUAUGACUGGGAGGAGUAGUUACCUUACCUUCUGUCAUCACUGUGUGAAGACAAGAACAUCCUGUCAGAAUAGAUUCUUAUGUAAGUUUGCCUACAGGACCAAAGAUUCACUUUAUUGUUUCAAAAAAAAACGGCUUCUGACUGCUGGCUUUAAUAUAUAUAUUAUUAGCUGUCAUAAACCAACCAGUGAGUGUAUGUGAAUACUAAAUACUAUUUAUAAAUAUAGGAAUGUGUAUAAACAUGCAUGGAUAUAUUUUUAAUAUUUCAAUUCUCCUUACAGGUUGAACGAAUAUUGAAUCUUCUAAUGAAUCGUGAUGUAUGUGUGUGAAUGGUAUUAAUCUGUGAGGUGGAUACCAAUGUGUGAUGCUGGUCUAUUGCAUGUGUCUUUAAUUAGUGAUGAAUGUUGGCGUUGCCAUCUGGGAUAAAUAAAGUUGCAUGGUAUUA